CCACAAUAUGCUCCCUACAUGAAUAGACAAAAACUGUAACAUAUUAUGGUUUUUUUCUAACAUACUAUUGUAAUUAAAAACAAGAAUGAUGAAAAUUCCCGACUUAACCACAGGGUACAAAUGUUGGCCAAUAGAAAUAUCAGGUUCUGCAAAAGCUAGUGCCACUUCAAAAUCAAAAAGCAAAUCUCCUGAACAAAAUUUUCAUUUCAUAGCGUAUCUUGAUGCUACAGCACUCCUUUACCCAGGAGUAACAAGAACACGAGUUGCAAGCCAGUUAUUCACUUUUAAUAGUGAGUGUGCAAAAGAGAAAUGUGGUUUGGAGAAAUCACUGUUCGAUACGAUUGACAUGGAAUUAGAUGAAGGGAAAAGUAGCCAGCAAAAGAAACCAGAUAAGAAGUCUGUCAAAUCACAGAUGAAUACAACAGAGGUGGAAGAAGAACCUUCAGAGCCUGUUUUCACAGAGGACAGGAAGCCAGUUUUUAUAAUUGUUGAAUUGGAAUUACUGAGGCCACUAAUUGCAAAACGGAAACCAGAAGACCUACUGAAAAGCCUUUCAGAAGCAAUACCACCUAGAGAAGAAUUACCAAAACAAGCUAUGUCAGCAGAGACAGCAGUCGUACACUACAAUCAUUCCAUAAAAAUAGUGUCAGAAAUAAUAUCAACUGAAUUACAAGAUUAUUGUUACUAUAACAGAAAAACUGAAGAAAAUGUGUUAGAUGAUUUCUACAUUUACCUGCAGAGUACUGAAGUAUUUGGACAAAUUGUAAAUAUUUUGAGAGACAAAGUCACUGUGCUGAUUCGAGAAAAAUAUUGUCCAGGUGUCACAUUCAACAGCAAUGAAGACAGACAGAAUUUUAUCUCCGAUGUUUAUGUAAACCUCGUAGAAGAAAUGCAUUCAACAGUGCACAGUUUGUUAGAUGGAGGAGACAAAGCUUCAGAGAAAACAUAUGAUGUAACCAAUGAUCAAAAGUAUUUUUUUGCAAUUGAAUCAACUGAAGAAGGAGACUAUGAAAAAGCAAAUCAGCUUUAUUUAGAAAGAAUAUCAAAGUUCAAGAAAAAUCCAGAUUUUUGGAUUGAUUAUGCACUAUUCUGCAUGCAAACUAGUGACACAGCACAAGCAAGAGAAUCUAUCAGAGAAGCUCUUUCCUUGGACAUCAGGCAUCCAAUUGGAUUAUUACUGUAUGGUAUAUUUCAUUCAACAAAUGGUGAUCGGCAGGAGGCAGAGCUAUUCUUUGGGGCUGCCAUUUAUUUCCACCCUCGUAUUAUGGAAGCAUGGAUAAUAUUGCACUUGUUCUAUGUAAGCAUUGAAAAGAAUGAAGGUGCUGAUAUUGCCCUAAGGAAAGCAAAGAAACUUAUGACCCAGUAUAGAGAGGAGCUGAAUUACCUAUAUAUGUCAAGUGAGCCUUUGGCAUGGUCACCAACAGCAAUGAAGGAUGAAUCAGUGUUCCUGUUAACUGCAAAACUUCUGCUGCAACUUCAUGCAUAUCAGUUUUCAGAACUGGCCUUGUCACAAGAGCUCUUACUGCAUGGGACUUCCACUGCUUACAGAUACUAUUUAUCUGUUGGACAUUACUUAUCAGGGCGGUAUGAUGAUGCCAUAUCACAUCUGCAACAAAUUGUUGAUGGAGAUUUCAAGAAUUAUCUUGCCCGAAGUCUCAUAGGACACUGUUACUAUAAGCUAGGUGAUAAAAAAAAGGCUGCUGAAUGUUAUAACUUCGUUGUAGAUGCUGAAGAUCGUCCCAAAAACCUACACCUGGUAAACAUUAGGUUUGGAAUAUAUAAUGUGCAAAUAAACAAUUUUCAAAAAGCAAAAGAAAAUUUCCUUGAAGCGUGUCUCAGUUCUCCAACCCCAAGAACGUGGUUAGGUUAUGGUUCUGCUUGUUUCAUGGCAGGUGAUGUGGAAGAAGCAGAGAAAGCAUUUACUGAGGCUAAUAUGCUAGAUCCACAGUGUCCCAAUAUCUGGGCAUACCUUUGCCUUGUCAAUCUUCACUUAGACAGAGAAGAGGAGUACAGUCAGUGCUACAGGCAAUUAUUAAAGAAUCAAAAUAUUACUGAUGAUAAAGAAGAAACACGUCAUCAUAUGGAUCCCAUUUAAAAAAAGGACAACAAUGUGAUAUGUGACACAGCAAACAACAGAAAACUCAACACUAUAUCAAGCUUAAAGUGGUGUAAUACUAGCAGGAAUCAUGUAGU